CACACAUGUUUGCAAGCAUGUACGGCGUGAUGAGAAGAAUGAACGUGUAAACAUAAUAAAUUCGUGUUCGUCAUACAUGUGCGAUGGUUUUUAAAUUUUUUUAAAAACAUGAUGUUGUUGUGAACAUGUUUUAUGGUGUAAACGCUUGCAUCAUACACGCAGUAUAUUUUUUCAGUCGUAAGCAAACAUCAAAGCGUAAUGGCGUCACGGGUAAAUGAAGAACUGUGGAAGGACUUCUUCGAAAUUUAUCGAAGCCAUCCAGAAGUAUGGAAGGUGAAAAGUGAGGAGUAUAAAAACAAAUCAAAGAAGAAUGCUGCUUAUGAAGCACUGCUAAAAAAAUAUAAGGAUAUAGAUCCAAAAGCUAAUUUAGAAACGUUAAAAUACAAAAUAAACUCACUUCGAGGAUGUUAUCGGCGUGAGUUAAAAAAAAUAAAGCGAAGUGAGAAAUCUGGAGCAGGAAUAGAGGAAAUAUAUGUACCGUCUUUGUGGUACUUUCAUGACCUGGCAUUCUUGGAAGAGCAAGAAACACAGAUGACGGGCAUGUCAUCAAUAGAGAUUGAGGAAAAUGGGGACACGACUGUGGAAGACAAUGCACCUUGCGCAAAAAAAGACAAAGAAGAAUUUGGUAAAAAAGAAAAACAACAGUUGCUUAUUAAAGCAGUCAAAGCUUUAGAAGAUUCGACGCGGCCCAAUGAUGAUGCAAGUACCUUCAGUUCGACUUGGGAAGUCCUCUUCAGGAAACUUGACCCUAAUCAACAAUUAUUUGCCAAUAAAACCAUUAUGGAGGUGUUGUACCAAGGAGCUUUGGGACGGUUGAACGAAAAUUCCCAUCAGAUGUUCAACGUACCUAACACAAGAUGCUCAUCAACACAUUUUUCUUAUAGUGACAACUCGUCAACAUGUUUUGAUUCAAGAACAUUGCAAAGUCGUCCGGAAUACUUAAUUUCACCGCCGCUUCUGAGUCCAACGCAUAUUAUAUCUACUCCUCAACCUCAAGUUCAGCACAUCAGACUUCAUAGAACAGUUCAGCCACAGCAAUAUCAAAAAAUUUCCAGCGUCAACAUACAACCACAGGAAACCAUAAAUACUCAACAAUACGGAAACAACACGGAAUAUCAGACAUUUACGGACUUGUUGAACGACUCUGACUAUUCAUAAGCAAACUUUUCUUUUUAUUUUUGUUAUUUUUAUUGAUUUGGAGAAAUAUUUUAUUUUUGUUUUGUUUUCCAUUUUCAUGUAAUAUUCAUACAUUAUAUGCUUACUGAAAUAA